AUCUGGAGUCCAGAGAACAGGAAGCUGAUUGAGUCUCUAGGAAAACUGGCUUUUGAUCAGCUGCUGAAGGGAAACCUGAUCUUCUAUGACAAAGAUCUCACACAGUGCGGCAUCAACAUCCAAGAUGCUGCGUUGUUCUCAGGAGUUUUCACUGAGAUGUUUAAAAGAGAGAGAGGGACACGCGACGUCUCCAUCUACUCCUUUGUUCAUCUGAGCAUCCAGGAGUUUCUGGCUGCAGUCUACAUGCUCCACUGCUUCACCAGCAGGAAGUCAGAGGAGAUCAAGACGUUCCUGGGAUACGAAUACAGAGAAACAUCUCUAGAUGAGUUCAUGAAGAAAGUCAUGGAGAAAUCCCUCUGGAGUCAAAAUGGCCACCUGGACCUGUUUGUCCGCUUCCUUCAUGGUCUCACUGUGGAGUCCAACCAGAGAGUCUUAGAAGAUCUACUGGGUCAGACAGAGACCAGACCAGAAACCAUCCAGAGAAUCAUCACCAACCUGAAGGAGAUGAACACUGAUAGAAUCUCUCCUGCCAGAAGCAUCAACAUCUUCUACUGUCUGGUGGAGAUGAACGACGUCUCAUUUUAUCAGGAGAUCCAACGGCUGCUGGAUUCAGGGCAGCAGCUCUCAGAGACUGACUGUUCAGCUCUGGCCUUCAUGCUGCAGAUGUCAGAGAAGGUUCUGGAUGAGUUGGACCUGGAGAAGUACAACACAUCAGAAUCAGGACGAUGGAGACUGGUUCCAGCUGUGAGGAACUGCAGAAAGGCUCGACUUGGUGGCUGUUCGAUCCAAAAGGCUGAAUGUGAAGUUUUGGCCUCGGCUCUGAAGUCCAACCCAAAUCUGACUGAACUGGAAAUAAAUCAGAUCAACAUAUAUAAAGGUGGAGAAUCUGAUAUGAAUCAUCUGGUUGAGAUCCUGGAGAAUUCAGUCAGUAAAGUGAAGAAUCUGGGAUUGAUUGACUGCAGUUUCUCAGAGACCAGCUGGACGUCUCUGUUCUCAGCUCUGAAGUCCAACCCGACCCAUCUGACAGAACUGGGCCUGAUCGAAACCAACCUGGAAGAUUCUGGACUGAAGGAUCUCUGUGGUUUUCUACAGACUGAAGGCUGCAGACUGGAGACAUUGAUGUAUUUUAAUGAUAUAAUUAUUGAUAUUUCUGUGAAUAAUUCUAUAUAAUUGAUCAUCAAUCAAAGUUCAUUUCUUCUGAUCUAAUCAAUAUUUUCUGAGUUUGUUCCUGGAUCCAGAGUUUAAUUUAGUUUCUCUGUGUAACUGAGUUGGACCUGCUGAUCUGAGGUCAGAACAGGACAGCAUUCGGACCCCAGUGUGUAGAAAUCCCCCUCAGGUCAAGCAGGUCAAAGGUCAUCCAGUCUAGAAAAGUGAAUUCCUGGAAUCUGACAGGAACAAAUCAAUAAUCAAUGAUUGAUGCUUCAACACUUUGAUCAGAACCUGGAAUGGUUUUACUGAC